AUGGGCGACGUGGCCAUCGCCAAGCAGGCCCAAGAUGCUCGAGUCACAGAGCACAGCUUGACUCUCAAGGAUGUCUUCCAUCAUUAUCGAUCGGCAAUUGGGUGGUCCUUUCUCUUCAGCCUGGGAGUCAUCAUGGCCGGCUUCGAUCCGCAAUUAGUCGGUACGCUAAUUGCAAUCCCGCGCUUUCAACAUGAUUUUGGCGUUGAGCUUGAUGAUGGAUCCUUUGUUGUCCAAGCAAAGUGGCAGUCUGCUUUCAAUCUCGGUGUCCCUGUCGGACAGGUGCUUGGUGCCUUUGGCGUUGGAUGGCCCUUGGAGAAGUUUGGACGUCGAUGGACUCUAGCCGCCUGUUGUUGCGUUACUCUUAUCACCGUUGCACUGCAGACUUCUGCUCAAAAUCGACCUCAGAUCCUCAUUGCGGAGCUUAUCAACGGUGUGGUUCUCGGCGCCUAUCCAGUCAUUGCUCCCACAUAUAUCUCAGAAGUCACACCUGUGGUAUUCAGAGGCAUUGCAGCAGCUUUUGUCAACUUAUCAUUCGUCAUUGGCCAACUCGUCGCAAGUGGCGUUUUGGCUGGUUGUCAAAAUCGUGACGAUCGAUGGGCAUACGAUAUACCAUUUGCAACUCAACUGAUCUUUCCCAUCAUCAUUCUGCUCUUAUUACCAUUUUGUCCCGAGAGCCCGUGGUGGUUGGUCCGCAGAGGCGAGCUUCAGAAAGCCGAGCGAUCCCUCAAACGUCUCACGAGCGAAUCGGUCGAUACGAGCAUGCUUCUUGCUCACAUACAGCUUACAACAUCACUUGAAGGAGCAGAAACUGAUACAGCCACAUUUAUAGACUGCUUCAAAAACACAGAUCUCCGACGAACAGUCAUCUGCAUAAUGGUCUAUGCCAUUCAGCCACUGGUCGCCAAUUUCUUGGUUAUCGGAUACGCUGUCUACUUCUUCGAACUGGCUGGACUAGAAGCAAGCGACUCUUUCAACCUUGGCGUUGGAUUGCUAGGUGUUGGCUUCGUGGGAACUGUUCUCUCUUGGUUCCUCCUCAAUCAAUUCGGCCGCCGCACAAUCUACAACCAAGGCUGCAGCAUCUUGGUUGUCAUUGUUCUCUUAGUAGGAGUUCUCGAUGUUGUUCCUGGCUACGGUACUACAAACCACAAUGUUGUUUGGGCGCAGUGUUCCAUGAUGGUCGUCUACAACUUCUUUUACGAUUUGACAAUUGGCCCGCUUUGCUUCGUCUACCUGUCGGAGGUUUCAUCCGCAAAACUGCGAGACAAGACAAUCGCCAUCGCAACGACUAUAAACGCCUUGAUCAAUGUUGCCUGUGCUGUUGGCAUUCCUUAUGCCAUUAAUCCAGAUCAAGGCAAUCUACGCGGCAAACUCGCUUUUGUCUUUUUUGGCGUGUCUCUACCUUGCCUCGCAUGGUGCUUCCUCGCACUGCCGGAAACUAAGGGUCGGACUUUUGAAGAGUUGGACAUUAUGUUCCAGAGAAGAGUCCCGACAAGAAAGUUUGCGACAUACAAAUUCUCAGAGUACAUGGAAGAGGAUGAAGCCAUUGCGAAUAGGGAAGGAUAG